AUGACACUCAUGGCAAAGCCCCCCCAACCCCCACUUCCUCCGUCAGGCAGCGCCGCCGCCCCCGGCCCCCAUCAGCUCCCUCAGCCUCGCGCCCCAUCGGUGCCGCCGCCUCUUUCCUCCCCUAGUCCCGGCUCCACACAAAGCUCCGGACUCACCGCGCGGCCGGUCCCGGGAGCCGCCACCUCCGCCCGCCCGGGGCCCCGGGCCGUAAAGCCGCCGCUGCUACCGGGCCCAGGCCGCCAUCCGUUCCCACGGCCCCUCCCCCCCACCCCGCCCCGGCUCGGCUCUCCGCCCCCUCCCCGCGCCGCUCCGCCCCGCCCGGCCGGUGCCGCUGUGUCCGGGGCCGCGGGUCCCUCAGCCGCCGCCGCCACCGCCGCCGCCGCCGCCGCCGCGAUCCGGGACAACCAGAGUCACCUGGAAGACCCGGACAUUAGACUACCAGGCCCUCGGAUCCGGAUUCCGCGCUGGUGUGGAGUCUGGAGCGGCCUAACCAUGAAAAGAAAUUUCCAUGUUAUUCUGCCAUUUACUAAUGAGGCUCCGGUUGCGUAUUUUGGAUGCUGAGAGGUUGAACAGAAAAAGAAUACUACAUGUUUGCAUCACCGGAACAAGAACUGGCUGGGUUUUCCCUGGGAAUCCAGAGUGAUCAGGCCCUGCAAAACCAAUGCCUAGAGCUAUGCAACAAGCAGGGUUCACAGUUGAGUGAACAUCAAUGCAUAAUGAGUGGAGGCAUUUCAAUGCAAAUAAACGCUGAAUAUGAAGGAUUAAAGAAAGGGGAAAUUAAUCUUUUUCAUAACACAGGGCACAUUUUUUUCUCUCCCUUGCUCUCUCUUUUUUAAGUCAUACACACAACUGCUGGAGGGAGUCCAACUUCCCCAGUGUGGUAGUGUUGCUUUAGAAAAAGCAGAACAUACACAUUUACGACCAUGAAUUUCCUCAGGAUGCCAGCAACUGAGAUUCUGACAGCUCUUCAGAUCAGCCUCAGAAACAAACUGUUUCACUAAGUACGGUCAGACUGACAAGCAAAAACCUCAUUUCAAACCAACCUCUUCGUUUUCCAAAGCACAGAGCUUUCUGGGAUGUGAAUGGUUUAAAAGGUUUGAUUUCAGCAUUUGGAGGGUAUUUGGAUGCAUUUACUGAGGCGAUUUUAUUUUUCAGUUUGUUUCUAAUUGCCCCA